AUGGCGCGAAUUAUGCGACAACGCAGAACCGAGGCUUUGUUUGGUAUUCUCAUGUUCGACUUGAGCAUGCCCUACAUAAUGGACGAAGGUGAAUACUUCGUAAUGGAUGAAGAUGAAUUCUUUUCGAUCGAGGCGACGCGUGUUGGAUGUGGGCGAAUCUCUAUCCGAAUGACGCGCGUCCACCCCUCGUCCCUCCUGAUGUCGGAUCGUGUCCUGACUGGCUAUUCGGUUUUGACGUAAGAAUAAGCCAAGACCCAGAAAUGAGCAGUUUCUCGGGUGUGAUUUCCUAGAAAUCCACGCUCGAGCGUUGGCCCGGUCAAGUACCCCAUCGAUGAUCAAAGUUCGAUCUUCACGCACUUACAUCAGCCCAGACGAUGAUCGAGUUGUGUUGAGUAUGAUGGUCAGACCCACAAAUUGGUUUGGGCAAAGGAAACCGUGUUCUUCAGCUACCCUCAACGAUGUCGCCAGAGCACAUACAGAUCGCAUCUUUAUCGUGACAUCGGGAACUUUGUUCGCUCAAGGUGUCAUGAAAGCGCGAGAAGAGUUCGUAAGUGCGGCGGCCGGAGGUGCAGACUUCGAUGACAGGAUUUUGCAAUACAUCAUGACAAAAAAUAGGACCAUCAGACAGAAAGACAUUAUUAGCAAAGUAUCGAGUGACCGGGCCACCCAUUGUUUAUUAUCUCUGUUACGGGAAAAAAGCUUAGCCGCAGUGUGAACUUCUUCUAGAUAAUGUAAGUUUUAACAAGGGAACAAACUUGCCCGUAAUAAUCCUAUAAAAAAAUAAAUUUUUAACGCAAAUUUGCAUAAAUUGCGACAAAAGUUGCUGCAAAAUAUAAGCUAAUUAAUAUGCGCUAUCAAAAACGUAAUAAAUAGUUGGACUGAGCGGAUCAUUGCGUGCAAAAAUGUAUGUUGCAUCGUUCACGUGCGUCGUCCGGUGAAGUGAUUCAGCUUAAACUUUUGUAUUCAAUUUGAGAAAGAGUUUUGUUUCGGCACAUACGACUGCUAUUUUGUAUGAAAAUUUUGAUUUUAUUGGCCAUGUGAAAUGAUUAAGGAUAACAAGAAAUGCGACACAGUUGGUAGUUAAAGUCCUCCAAAACAUUGGACGCUGUUAGGAGACGUAAAAUUAACGUUUUUACUGUUGCGUUUAUUUCUGAAAAGAAGGAUGACACUAUAUUCUAAAAGAUUCAUAGGUUAAAUUGUUGUCUUAUUAGCAUUUUACUUAAUGUUAUUGUAUUGUAUGCAUUCUAAGAAAUUCUUGAGAUAUCAAUAAACCUGUAGACAAACAACUCAUGUCAUGGCCUUACAGGGAAAGCAGUAAAAUAACUCCACCCUUGCAAAUAGAGCACAUUAAGCAUAGCAUGAACGAUAAAAUGGCUCUUUAUUUUUUGUUAUUUUUGAAGUAUGUACUAUUCGGCAAGAGAGGCUACUCAUGUCACGUAAAGUUAUAACCCCAUUAUCAAUCUUUUUUCGACCGCUAAGAGAUCGUGAGCUGAAUCGUUUUUUAGUUAUUUGAUGUUUACAAAUUUGCUAGUAAGUGAGUCGUUUCGUUGCAAUUGUAAAACGCGGACGCGUAAUUUAAAUGGGCAUUUGCUAGCCCAGACGACAACUUCAUACUGACAAUGCGUUUGGCCCCUUCGAAGAUAACUGAUUUUCGCAUAUUUUCUUCGAAAAAGGUACGUCACGUAAACUGUCUUACAGGUAACGCACAACAAGCAUAUCGCCUUCGGCAAGAAAGGUUUCUCGAAAACCGACCGCCUAGGGUAGAAAAUAGAAGAAGAAGAUUUUCAAGAAGACCGCAGUCGAAUGAACCUGAGCCAACAGUACGGUUUACACCUCUGGAAGAACAAACGUAAUGUGUUAUAUGUAAAUGUAUUCGUAUGCUAUUGUUAUAGCAAUUUCAUGUAGCCGUUUAUUUCAUAAAUAGUGAAGAUGUCAAUAUAAUCUUUAUUGAAUUACUGGUUAGGCAGUGGUAUGAGUGCUUUAUUAUUAAAAUUAUUGUAAAAUAGAAGUCUGAAUGAACAAAGGAAAUGAACGUAAGACAGGAGAUUAUACAGGUCAUAUACACCUGCCCUAAUACGUUCAUGAAACAAAAUGUUUUGUUAAGGGGUGCUGGAAACCAGAAGAUCGUGAUUUAUGGGCAAGUACAAAGCCCAAUAUUUCCAAUAUUUUUAUCUAUAUACAUUCCAACGUAUUCCAUCGGCUUAUCAGCCCAUAGCACUAACAGUCUUAAGAUCUGUGUCAUCAGAAUUUCUGUCCUAUUGACGAUUGUAUUACUCCCCGACGCCAUUGAGUUUCCAGUCUGUCUGAUGCGGCAAUUACUGCGCAAAAAAUUGAAAUGGUUUCAUUGUAUAAAUAACCUUCGGAAGAAGUAACAUCGUACAUGAAGGCAUUGGACGUAAUUUAAGAAGUAAGAAACCCAUUACUUCCCACAUUAACCUGUCAAUCACCCGGAUGCAAAUGAGGGCAUUAUGCAGGCCCUGAUGAAAUCACGGCGAAACCACUCGAGCUCUUUUGCUAGCCUGUCUUACUGUUUUUUUUGAGUACCUUGAUUGCACGAGAUAAAUCGUAUUUACUUAUUUUUAGUGUUCGAGUCGAUUGCUUAAUUUACUUAUUUUUAGUGUUCGAGUCGAUUGCUGUUGAACAACGAGUUGUCCAUGACAUCGACACAGACAACCAUAUGAGUGCGACCACAUGA